AUGAAGCUCUUUAUUGUCGCUGUUCUUGUCGCUUGCCUCAUCGUUGCAUCAGCCUACCCAUACCCAUACAACAGUGCCUAUCCUUAUGCUCAGUACGAUUACGGUGGUGGAAGUUACAGCAGUGGAGGUUACGGUAGCUACGGAUCAGGCAAUGGAUACAGUGGAUUGGGCGGACUAUUCAAAGGAGCUGAAGUUGGAAUGGUCGGCAAUCCUGAUGGUGUUGCUGGUGCAUGGCUGCUGUGCUCCAGCUCGAACUGUGGCAGGAAUGGAAAGUAA